CACGAUUCCAUUCCUCGCACUCUCCUUCUCAAGCCCCCGCACCCAUCCACGGCCGGGGUUGUUUUCAUUCCAGUGGGGCUAUAAAGGAUUUUAAUACUGCCUACUUACGGUUUGGCUCGAUUCCUUGGCCAAGAAGACACUGACCAACUGAUAUGCAGUGCAUAUACAUGCGUGCACCAUGAUCCUUAAAUUGAUAGCUAUUGCCGAACUCGAGAAGGAUGUCAACACGUAGGUCUAGCCGCCGUUCCGGUGCACGGAAGAGCUAUACAGAUGAUCCAUUCCAAGCUAUUGGACUUGAAGAAUCUGAAGACGAGGAAGAUAUUGAGCAGUCGAUUGUUUACAAAGGAAAAGGAAAAGCUAAGAAGCGCAAGCGUGAUGAAUCAGACGAUGAAUUUGAUGAGUAUGCGGCUAACCAAGCGGAGCUGAACGAAGAGGAGGAUGAAGAUGAGAUUGAAGAGGAAGAUGAGGGAAUCCAAAAUCAUGAGGAUGUCCAGAGUCGUGAAAGUGGCGUGGAAGAUAUCGAGGAAGACCAGGUUCAACUUGCAACUACGCCUAAAUCUACUUUCAAUCGUGGUAGCCGUUAUCGUGAUAGAAAAAUGGACGGAACUGUUCGUUUUCAGUCACAGGAAACCCAUAGUCGUGGCGUCUACAAUCCGUCAGAGCAUGUCAGCAAGUCAAUGCAUCUCAAACUGACUUUUGGCCUGGACAAUCGCGAUCUUCUCGCACUAGUCAGCACCAGAACACGUUGGUCUUCAGGGAUUGAUUCGACCUUCCCUUCGAGGACAACUCUAGAUAAAGAACUGACCUCGACUACUUAUGGCCCAGGCAGCACUCAUGGGGUGUAUGUAGCGGACAUGGAGCGAGAAGCAACAAGCGCGUGGGACUGGUAUCACAGUGACAACCUUGGAGUUAGAUUUAAGGAAAGGCAGUUUGUUGAGAAUAUAGGCGAAGCAGAAGCUCGCCAGAGGUUUCUCUGUCACCCAGAGAAGGACACCCACAAGGUUAUAUUUGGACGAGGCGAUGAGUUAUCCACUGUUUAUCUGCACAAUUGUGAAAGUUUUAAUUUCGGGGACUGCUGGAAAAACCGAGACGAGACUCAUAAAACGACCCACAAGGAGACGGCUAAAAAGAAAGGCCCCAAAAAGUCUUUGAAAAGAGAACCAACAGAAGAUGCAGUGAUUUCAGAGACUCCUACGCAGGGAAAGCGUCGAAAGAAUCGUUAUGGGUGGAUUUUGAACUUGUCUGGCAAAAUCCAAGCUUUGUCAUGGGCGCCUAAUCAGCAUGGCUCGACACAAUAUUUGGCAGUGUCGGUCCCUAUCAAUUCCGACCAGGAAAAGAAGUAUACUUCGUUGGCACCGCCGGCUAUUUCCUCGGCGUUCUCUCCUUCGCCACCCUACCCUGGUGCUAUACAAAUCUGGUCGUUUGAUGCCGAAGAGCGUGAAGAAAAAAUAACAAAGACGCUGGAUGUUGAAAGGAAGCCAAAAUUGAGACUAGUGCUAUGCAUGGAAUUUGGUCAUAUUAGAAAGAUCAAUUGGUGUCCAAUACCACGCAAAAGCCGCAAUGAAGACGCGCACAACUUGGGAUUAUUAGCUUGCGUGUUUUCGGAUGGCCGCACCAGGAUAUUCGACGUGAAGAUAAGCUGCGAUUCAGAAAAAACAGAGUAUCUCUACGUGAAGUCUGCGGCAUUCACUGCAAUACCAUCUCCAACUAUCUCCACCUGUAUGGCGUGGCUAUCUCCUACGGACAUAGUCGUUGCAUGUGCCAACGGAUCGGUUGCUGUCUACAAUAUUCUAACAUAUGAUGCCUCUCAAGGAGACCGAGAACCGAUUCCAUAUAUUUACGCCCCAAUACACUCUACUUAUAUUACCAAUAUGGAUACGGCGUACCCACAACAUCCGCAUAUCAUAUCGACUGUUUCGAUGGACGGGAAUACCCGCCUUACGUCCCUUAUCGACCCUACCAAGGAUAUGGUCGACACCCAGAGACAGCGGAUGGGCACAACCCACAUCUCAUACUAUCCUCAUUUGCAAGCAUUUGUCUCCAGUGACGAGAAUGAUUUCCUCCGUGGUCUGACUGUACGGCGAUUCUAUACCACCACCUUGGUCGGAAGACUUCCAAGCUCCAUUUCAGCUAUUGCAACUGGGAGCCGCUGGCACCCAUCAGCCAUGGUAGGCUCUACUGAGGGCUCGGUGUUUGUGAUGAAUCCUCUUCGUAGGCUCAUGCAUGCAAAAGAACCACAUUACCAUGCCCGAUGGUUCCUGCACGAGUGGGCCAAGAGCAAGGACUGGCAUACCCCUAACACUAGUCGAUUCACCGAAAACAUCGAAGUAGAAAGCUUGAGUCUGAACCGCGCAACUCAUGGUGACGGGAAGAUUGUGAACGGGAUCAUGACUAUUACGAUAUACGACGAAGAACAGCAGGUUUUUUGUCUCGAAUGGAAUCCAAAUCAAUCCUGUGCUGGCUGGGCGGCUGCAGGCAUGGGAUGUGGUUUGCUUCGAGUGGAAGAUUUGGCCAUGUUUCAUUGAUUGACAUAAGAAGGGGAAUCGUGUGUGUACCUGUAAAAUAUCGUAAUCUAGCUUUUGAUACGGAAUAAGGCAUUCCAACCCAGAAUAUUCCCCUUCAUUUGCUGGGUAGAAACUUAAUCGAGC